AUGCCUGUGACUGUGGCAAAUGAGAAGAGGACUCCUCUCUGCCUCAAUUGCUCCAUUUUCCCUGGAAACCUGUCCCUAGGGGAAGCAAGGAGCCCCUCACCCUGCAAUGGCAGUGAGGCCACGGAGCACUUUGACCCUGAGGACUUGAACCUGACAGACGAGGCACUGAGACUCAAGUACCUGGGGCCGCAGCAGUCAGAGCUGUUUGCACCUAUCUGUGCCACAUACCUGCUGAUCUUUGUGGUGGGCACCGUGGGCAACGGGCUGACCUGCCUGGUCAUCCUGCGCCACAAGGCCAUGCGCACGCCCACCAAUUUCUACCUCUUUAGCCUAGCAGUAUCAGACCUGCUGACGCUGCUGGUGGGGCUGCCCCUGGAGCUCUAUGAGAUGUGGCACAAUUACCCCUUCCUGCUGGGCGUUGGUGGCUGCUACUUCCGCACGCUGCUGUUCGAGACAGUCUGCCUGGCCUCCGUGCUCAACGUCACCACUCUGAGUGUGGAACGCUACAUAGCCGUAGUGCAUCCAUUCCUGGCCAGGACUGUGGUGACACGGGCCAAUGUUCGCCGCAGGCUCGGGGCCAUCUGGGGCCUUGCCUUGCUCUGCUCUCUGCCCAACACCAGCUUGCAUGGCCUCCAGCAGCUGCAUGUGCCCUGCCGGGGCCCAGUGCCAGACUCAGCUGUGUGUAUGGUGGUCCGCCCCCUGGCCCUGUACAACCUGGUGGUGCAGGCCACUGCAUUGCUCUUCUUCUGCCUACCCAUGGCCACCAUCAGCGUGCUCUACCUGCUCGUGGGUCUGCGGCUGCAACAGGAGGCCAAGGGCAGGGGCAUCAGAGUGGCCAGGGAUGGUGACACCCCCAGAGUCCCACUGCAGGAUAGAGGCCGGAGACAAGUGACGAAGAUGCUGUAUGUGCUGGUCGUGGUAUUUGGCAUCUGCUGGGCCCCGUUCCAUGCUGACCGCCUCAUGUGGAGCUUGGUGUCCCACUGGACAGAGGGUCUGCACCUGGCCUUCCAGUGCGUCCACCUCGUCUCUGGCGUCUUCUUCUACCUUGGUUCAGCUGUGAACCCUGUGCUCUACAGCCUCAUGUCCACCCGUUUCCAGGAGACUUUCCGGGAAGCCCUGGGCCUCGGCACCCACUGCUGCCGCCCGCUCCCCCACCACAGCUCGCACAGCCUCAGCAGGCUGACCGUGGGCAGCUCCCUGUAUACCGUAGGCGCCCAUGGAAGCAGGGCCCAGGCCCUGGCUGACAACGAUGGCCAAGAGGGACAGCAGGAAACAGAACCCUCCUAA